AUGUUAGAGGACAUUCUUUUUGAGGCAAUCGAAUGUCCUGAACCAACCAAUGUCUUGCUGAUCUCAAGAAGUAUCUCAGAGUCAACACAAUACGUCCUCAACUCGUUGAUGACUAGAGGGAUCAAUGUUCUUCUGGCACAUCCUGGUCAUAGCACUAUAUCACAAGUGCUAUCUCUUGCACCCAGAUUUGAGUGGUGCUAUGAGUGUCUUUUAUAUGGAGGAGGACCUAUCAGCCAAAGCGGAAGCUCACUAGGUGCUCACAACACCCUGGAAGCUCAGCAGCGGAAGAAACUUCCUUUGACAAUUGCUUCAUCCUCUUCCAACCGUGCAGAAGAGCAGCAUCAUAGGUUUCUUGAGGGGAGCUACAAAGAACUGAAGGCGGAACAUACAACGAGAAGCAAGAGCCGAGAGAGACUAAGGAAGAGCCCGAGCCCGAGCCCGAGCAGAAGUUUGUCUCUGCGUAGAGAGAGCGAUGGGAGACGUAAAAAACACUCAAGGAGAAGUGACAGACAAAGGAGGAGGAGCCCGAGCCAUAGGAGACGUGAAAAACAUUCAAGGAGAAGUGACAGACGAAGGAAAAUGGAGAUGGUCCAUUAUAACUUUGGCUUGUUUCGUUUUUUUGUCGCUCUUCCUGUCUAUUCGCCGCACAAAAAGAAUUUUACAAACUAUAAAAUAAAAUAA